AUGGACAGCAAGCACCCAGUCUACCGCCACUUCAUGGUGCCGGCUGAUAACGUGGGGGAGAACGGCACCAAGGUGUGUGCCUACUGCAGCUUCAAGUUUGUUGGCGGGACGUACCGCUGCGCGCAGCAUAUCACCAGCUGGACGGGCAUGCGCCGUCGUGAAGUGCAUCUCUGCACUGAAGCGCCGAAGACUGCACGGGACGCCGUGAAGGCGGUUUACGAGAACAAGUUCAAGGCCCGUGAAGCAAAGCGUGCGGCUGAAAUUGCGGCGGUCGGCGCAGUCAAUGGCGGUUCCGACAAGAAGAAGACGCGGAUGACCGACUUCUACGGCGACGACGCCGCGUGCGCGAAGCAAGCUGCGGACGAGGCGCUUUGCCUGCUCUUUGCCGCUCUUCAUAUCCCGGAGCAUCACGCGGACCACCCACUCUGGCGGAACGCAGUCUCCAGCAUCGCGCGCGCGGGGACGGGUUACGUGCCGCCAAAGAGACGCUACAUCGGUGGCGCUGGUCUUGCAAAAUGCCGCCAGCGCAUUGAGGCGGCACUCGAUCCGAUCGCUGCAAGUUGGCGUCGUGACGGCGUCACCGUUGCAAGCGACAUGUUCUCUGACAAGGCCGGCCGCCCGCAAGCCAAUGUGCUCCUCAUCAACGAUAGCGGAGCCGUGUUCGUGGAGUCGAUCGACACAAAGAUGGAGAUGAAGACCGGCGGCUACAUCGCGGACAUCUUGCGCCCCGUCAUCGAGAAGGUUGGCGCGGAGAAUGUCGUCGCCUUUUGUUUUGACGGCGGCUCCAAUUACGCGGCGGCCUGCAGGGAGCUGAUGACGGAGUAUCCCCACAUCGAACACAUCCCUUGCGCGACCCAUGUCCUUGAUCUCCUGAUGGAGGACAUCGAGAAAAUGGGAUGGGCGAAGGACAUCGUCACACGCGGGGACACCAUCAUCUCGUUCGUCCGCAACCAUCACUUCACCCGCGGCUACAUGCGGAGCAAGCUCGUGAACGGCAGCAAUAGGAAGCAGGUUCUGAAGCCCGCGGGAACCCGCUUCGGCACCAACUACAUCGCCAUCAACCGCCUCUGUGAAGUGCGCUCCGGCCUGACGCAGAUGGUCCUCAGCGAUGAGUGGCUCGAGUGGACGACGGCUGCAAAGAGGGUUGGGGCAGAUACUUUCAAGAGCAACAUCCUCGAUGACACGUGGUGGACGCGUGCGGAGUUCUUCGCGAAGCUGAUGAAGCUUCCGUUCGUUGUCAUGCGCAAGACGGACUCGGAUGCAAAAGGCAUGAUGGGUCGACUCUACGACCUCAUGCUCCAGCUCACCGAGGACAUCCGCGACUUCCUCGACGAGCACGCAAAAGGGGUCCUGACAAGGGGAGAGGUGGGAGAUAUUCGGAAGAUCGUGCAGGACCGCUGGGACAACGGGCUGGCGUGCGACAUGCACGUGGUUGGUCGCAUCCUCAACCCCACCAACCAGGAAGAGGGCAUCUUCCGCCAUGACCUCGAGUGCACGAGGGUCUUCAAGAAGUUCGUGUCCAAGCACUUCGACGACCAGACCAUCAUCAGGAAGGACGGGGUCGAGCGCCGUGCCUCCCUCGUCAUCCAGGAAGGCCUCACUGCCUUCCUAAACCUGACGGGCUGCUUCGGCAUGCCCGACGCUAUUGCCGACCGUGCGGCAGUGAAGGAGGGCAAGAUGACCGCGGUGGCCUGGUGGUCGUGGCACGGGACCGAACAUCCCGAGCUCACCACGCUUGCUUGCCGUAUGCUCACGCAGCCGGUGUCCGCGUCACCAUGCGAGCGGAACUGGGCGAAGUUUGAUGCCGUGCAUACGGCACGCCGGAACCGGCAGGGGGUGGUGAAGGGAAACAUCGAGGAGCCCCCCACUCCGGCUGGCUACAACGUCGAGGAGGAGGUGGAGGAACCUGAGGAGGGGGAGGAUGAUGUGAUGGCCGAUGAGUACUAG